AUGGCUAAACUUAGAACAAAAACAUUAAUGAUGCUGUUGCUAUUGAAAAGAAGAAUGCAACUGCGAAAAAAAUACAAAAAGAGAAUGUGGGUUCGAAGAAUAUUUCAGGAAAGAAAGCAAAAAGGAGAAUUUCACCUUCUUGUAGAAGAGAUUAGUCUUUUUGAUAAGGAAUACAACUUCAAAUACUUCAGGUUGUCCGUAUCCCAGUUCGAGGAACUUUUGCAGCUUAAUGCUUCUAAAAUCGCCAAGUGCAGUGAAAAAAGAGAACCAAUAUCUCCGAGUGAGCGGCUCUCAGUUACUCUAAGAUACUUGGUCACUGGAAACUCUCACGCUUCGCUGUCAAGCAAUUUCCGUAUACAUCCUACAACUAUCAGCCGUGUUAUAAGAGAGACCACGUCAGCUAUUUGGGAUGUUCUUUCACCCAUUUACGUUAAGUGUCCCGAAAGUGAAGUCGAAUGGAAGAACAUUGCGAAAGAUUUUAAUCGCAAAUGGAAUUUUCCACAUUGCUUGGGGGCGAUUGAUGACAAGCAUAUAGUCAUGCAAGCUCCAGCAAGAUCAGGGUCGAGUUUCUUUAAUUAUAAAGAAACUCACUCAAUUGUUCUUUUUGCAGUAUGCGAUGCACAAUACCGGUUCAUCCUCGUAGAUAUCGGAGACUCGGGCAGAAAUAGUGAUGGAGGCGUUUUUUCUAGUAGUAAUCUAGGAUAUGCAAUAGAACAUGAUCUUUUGCAUCUACCCAGAAAUGAGAAGAUACCUGGAUCAGAAAACAAAUUUCCUUGUUUUUGUUGGGGACGAGGCAUUCCGUUUGUCUGA